AUGCAAAAUGGGGGGUCCUUUUCUGCAGUUCCAGACUUCCAGUUGGCGCCCACGAAGGGGACUCUAAUUAUUCAGUUCCCGUUGUCCAGUUAUGCCCCAGUGUUGGCCCGUUGCGGUCAUGAUUUGCCUGUGUUGCUGCAAGUGCCGGGCGACAAAGCCAGCGAGAUCACAGCGGCAAGCACGCUGACUGGUUCCAUCGACGUCUCACCAACUGUGCUCUGCCAGUUGGGACGGCGCUACCAGACCCUUAAAGCCUUGGAAGACGCCCAUGACCCCCAAAGUGUCAAGAGACCAGCGCGUCUGCUGCAGAAGCCGGCGUUGAGGACAGUUGGUUGGUUGACCAGCGACGGGGGAGCAGACGUUAAAAACGCGUGA